CAGCGAGUGUUGUGUAGUGUUUGCAUACAUUCCGCACAUUAUUUCACUUUUUUAAUCCAAUUAUAACUCAUUUUAUUAAAUGAUUGACAAAUAGUCGUCCCAACAGUUACUCAUAAAUCUGAUCAGUGUUUGUAUGUGUGGUGUGAAUGGUUUGGUGAUCACCGCCGCCACCGAUGGCUGAGUGUAGGAUCAGUUGUAUGACAGACAGCGACGACACCACCAGUAAUGGUAUACCCGAGGGAAGGGUCGGCAAAGUAUGCAAAGAAUGGUUAGUACGAGAGGACGGUGUGUUGGCCUAUCAGUUGCAGAAUCAAGAAAUUAGUUCACACUAUGAGGGGAACCGCCAUAAGAGCCGUACGGUUAGGGAAGACCUGCCGAUCGCCAAAGGGUUGCAGCGUUCUGAAGAGGAAGAGGCGUCGGCCGUGCGGUUGAGUUACGAGAGAAUACUGGAGCAGCAGUUGGAGGCGGACGAGCGGGUGGCGCGAGAAAUGCACGAACGGCUCGCCGAACAGGACCACAGCCGCCGACGCGCUGAGGAGGAGGACGAGAAACUGGCCAAACGGUUGGCCCAGAAGGAGAGGGCGCGAGUCAUUCGCAAACGACUGGAGCGCGAGAAACAACAGGUCGAGCGAUUGAGCGCUCAGUUGAGUACCGGUUCCGAUACGGGAGCCGCCGUUGAAAGCGAUGUAGAAUUGGUGGGCGCCGUCGCCCAGAGUGUCGACGGCAUGCAUUUAAGGGAAGCCAGUAAUGGCGGCUCAGUAUCCGAGGAUGAGUUAGAUUUGUCUGAGUUCUGUCUGCAACCGCCGGACCAUCUCUCGCCCGAAGAGUUACGCGUAUUUCUCGAGGAACAGGACGCGGAGAUCGCGCGACUCCUACAGCAACAGGAGUUGAAGCGCAAGAGUGCCGUCAAUAAAGAAAAGUUGGCGCAAAUCGAGGCCCAGGACUACGAAAUCGCACGACUGCUCCACAAACAAGAGAAGGAUCGCCUCCGAAGAGCCAAAGAAAAAGCCAAACAAAAGGCACUCCAAAAACGACUUGAAGAGAGGGACCAGCACUCGAUGGACAGACAUUUUAGUGAUGAUAAUAGUCUAAUGCAUAGACAGUCGAGUAGUGGCGGCUCUUACGGCGAACCUGAGACUAAUGGUGCGAUGGCUCAGGGAAGGCAUACACACAAUAGUAACUACUACUCAGAUAACGAUAGCAUAACAUACGAAGAGAUUGCCACUCAUCACACCUAUCAUCCAAAUAUCGCUACAUUUUUGGACCCGACGUACAAACGAAACUCAACGACCGUUCCGGCCGUCCCAUCGAAUCCGUUAGUGAACUCUUCGUCGCCCAACACGCGAUAUAACGGUUCCCAUGGGCUGGACAUUGAGUCCAACGUGGAUGACAAUCACAUGGAAGAGCCGGGCAUACACUUCGCACAGGUAUACAAAGUGACGCCAACGCCCUCGCCGUCGGACAGCCCGCAGUCGACUACGCAACGACUGGCGGCCAAAAGUGACGACAAUAUAGAGACCAUAAUAGAAGACAAUUACUACCCAAUAGAUGAGCCAAAGAGUAGGCACCGGCUGUCGUCGCCCGCAGCGAAUCCCGUGCCGCCAUACCUGCCCGUCCAGGGACAGCGACGGCUCAGUUCGAUGGAGAAGAAAAAGAAAUCUAAGGACAGCUGCAAAACGCAGUGAUUUUCUUGUAGGCCUUACCAGGAAAUACACAUUUUUUAAUUAUUGAUUGUUUUUAUAAAACUCUCGUUAUUUUGUACCGAAAAUGCUUUAAUAAGUUAUGAAUUCUCAACACAUUUCUCGCGAGUCAAUAGCUAUGCAAAUGAUUGAUAAGUAAUUUAUGUUUUCUGUUGUUUCACUCAAAUUGCAC